GUGUAUGUUCAGCUUGCUGAAGAUGAUAAAAUUCGUUACAAUACUGAAAUGAAAACUUGGGAAGAACACAUGAUUGAAGUUGGGCGAAGUGACCUUGUACGUGGCAAAGGGAAGCACCAAACAAAAGAUGGCACUGAAAUGAUGUUCAAAAUAGAAGAUUGAGUUGUCUUCUUGAUGGUUAGGCACAAGAAACCAAUUAGGCUUCAAUACGUGAAGUAGUAAAAUUAGAAACGAUAAAGUUGGUAAACAUUUUAUAUCCAAAUCCUUUUUCUUUAGUCCAUGGAUUCCUGUGAGUCGAAUAUGUUUUGUAUUUUGAAACCCAAAUAGGUGAAAGUUCAUGCAACAUUUUAAAGAACUACUAAGGAUCAAAAUAUUUCGUGCAGAUGUAGCAGCAAAUUGUUUUACCUUUGAUAAAGGUAAAUCAGACUGAGAUUUUUCUUUUUUUAUACUGGAUGCCGAUUGUGUAAAAGAUACUCUUGUUUCCUUAUGUUACGGAGGCAGGAGUUUCUUUUCAAAAUUGUCUACAUGCUGUAGAAGCCACAGUGUUCUAUGAUACAAUUAUGUGUUCUAAAAUGCAGCCAGAACUCCUAUCAAUGUAAAUCCCAUUUACUAGAUGUAAUUCAUGUUAUACUCAGAGCUGAGGGUUGUACAGGCAGGUGAUUGUGGGUUUCAGUAGCAACUUUUUAUAAAAGAGAUGGAGAGAUUUAUAAACCAUUUUCUCAUUGUCUUUUUCGUAAAGUAACAACUAAGAAAUUACAUACUAAAUCUAUGCGUAUUGUUUUAUAUUGCAUAGAAUAAAAAUUCUAAUACUUCAUUUUACAUGUUUCUGAACUGUAUAUUUUAAAAGAAAUAUUUGUUUAACAGCUUUUUUUGAAGGAAGGGAUUGUGCUUUUCUCUGAAUUUUUCUUUUUCAUCUGAGUGUAUUUAAUCACAAAGAAAACGUGUGGUAUAAAUUUUUAAAUGAGAAAUCUAAAAACUGAAAGUCUCCAAAGUCAAAUUUGAAGCAUUUUGCAUAACAUAUAAAGUCACGUAUGAAAGACUGCCAGUUAUGGUAUGUGGGUCCAGUCUAGCUCACUCCCUGCUUUUUAUAGUCUGUACAUUAAGAAUUACAUUUACAUUUUAAAGAUUUUUUUAAAAAGAAGACUGUGAAUGGAAAUUAACAUGAGAUUUAGUAUCACAACCACAGUUUUAUCAGAACACAGCCAUACUCAUUCUUCUACUUACUGUGUAUGGCUGCUUUUGAGCUACAGUGACAGAGUUGGUUGACUGCUACAGAGAUUGUCCUGGAAAGCCUAAAAUCUGUACCCUCCAGCCCUUUCUGGACAGUUUGCCAACCCAAGGUUUAUAGCAUAGUGUGGCAUGGCUACUGUUCCCAUGUACUGAUGUACUGAUGUUU